AUGAAAUGGAAGCCAAAUACAAAAAGGCCUAGAGGACGUCCUAGACAAAGAUGGAAGGAUAGAGUGGUCAAGGACUUGAGGGAACUUGGAAUAGAGGAUGGGGAAGAGCUGGCAAGAGACCGAGACAGGUGGAGGCAAGUGGUUGUUGCGGCAAUGGGCCUGAAUGGCCUUUCAACAAUUUUGUCAAAUGUAUUACAUGAAAGUAAUUCAAGCAAUGUUGAAAAAAAUUUGAACCUUGAUAACAAUCGAAAUGAUAUUCACGAUGGUGGAUUUGGGUGCUCUUUUAUAAACUCAGAGUUAGUCAAGGAGAUUCGUAAUGGAUAUUACUGUGCAUGGUUAUUUAAAUGCUCAAUGUGUAAUAUAACUACCAAAAUCGAAUCAGAAGAAACCGGGAAAUAUAUUGAAGUGAAUAAAGCAACUGUUACCGGUACCAUUGGAAUUGGAAUUGGUUACUCCCAACUUAACGAGUUCUCAGCUAUUGUAGACAUACCUUGUUUUUCUAGCAAUACAUAUGGUAAGCUAUUCGAGCAAGUUAGUCAAAGAAUUGAACAGACUGCUUGGGAACAAAUGAGAUUGGCAGGAGCUGAAGAAAAACGUUUGGCAAUAGAAGCUGGAGAUAUUGAUUCAGAUGGUACACCGUUAUGCAUUGUUGUAGCUGACGGUCAAUGGGGAAAACGCAGCUAUAAAUCAAAAUAUGAUGCGUUGUCAGGAGCUGCCACAAUCAUUGGUUUUCGCACAAACAAAAUACUGUUUGUAGGAAUAAGAAACCGGUAUUGCUGCAUUUGUGAAAGAGCUCAUGCACUAAAGUUAACUGUCAGAGAUCAUAAAUGUUUUUUUAAACAAGCUUCGACUGGAAUGGAAGCUGAUGGUAUAGCUGAGGGGAUCGUAAGAAGUGUCGAAUUACAUGGUUUGAAGUUCAAUAGAUUUAUUGGUGACGGAGACAGUAGUGUUUCGAAACGAUUGUUGGAGUUAGUUCCCUAUGGUUCUAAUCAAUUGAAUGAAAAAGAUAGUGCAAAUUUAAAUGGAAAAUCUGCAGAAGUAAUUGAUCACAUUAUUCAGGAACUCCAAUUGAAUGCUGAUGGAAAUGUAAGUAUUACAUACUAA